AUGUUUCAUCAACAACACUCACUUCGCGUUUGCUUUCUUCUCUCACUGUCUUUACUCCUACUCCCGGUCCAUGGAUUCUUUCCCACCACUUGGCGCGAGAAUGUCUUCGGCGAUGGCGGCACCUCCCACGUCGCCAUGACGGAACGAGCCUUUGAAAACCGGGCCAAAGCCUACUUUCCCACCCUCAGCAAGAUCACCAAGCAGAUGAAAUCGGCUCGCGACGAAAUGACCAAAGCCAAUGCCAAAGUCGACGACAUCGAAAAUCUUGCGUCCUACCACUGCGACGGCGAAAGUUUCGACGAGGCCCAAGUGCGUAUCCAGGAAAAGAAGAAGGCCGCUAUAGCUGCCCUCCAAGCCAAUAGCCCCCUGACAGCCGUCGCUCGGGACAACAUUGGGCAAGCACUUCACACGAUCCAGGACUUUUACUCCCACAGCAACUGGGCCGAGUUGGGAAACCGGGAAACCAAUCUGGAUCUCAUCCGUGGCACCAACAUGAGCGAGUACGUUGCGACCUUUGAAGAACGGACGUGUGUCGAUUGCAAGAAGGUGGCACGACCUUCAGACUCGCACUCGAUCAAGCCGCUCGCAUGUGGAGGCUUUAAUUGCAGCGAAAACACCAAUGGCUUUUGGAAGGUGACCAGCGGGUACCACCAUAAUGAAGAUCGCCCUCUCAACGGUGUUCCGAUCCCUGAUUAUAAGUGCCACCACGGUGGACCAACCGACAAUCCAGCCGGGCCCGCCAUCGGCAUUCUGACCGGUACGAAUCCAGGCAUCAACAAGGACAGCUUGAGUUGUCACUGGUCUCCCCAUUCCGACUUGCACACGCCUGCCGCGACCUUGGCCACAGCGGCCACCGAGCAGUUCUUCGACGACAUUAGAGACGCUCUCAAUUCGGAUAGGCUGCUGCGUCUCCUCUUUGGAGUCCCCAGUGUGGCAUUCGCGAUUGACACCUCGGCCAACAUGGCCAGCGUCAUCGACACCGUUCGUGACCAAGCCAUCGAAGCUGCCGCAUCCCUCGUCGGUACCGAAAACGAGCCUGGACUCUACAUCGUCUCGCCAUACAACGACCAAACCACGGGUCCCCUGACGGUAACGACCGAAUUUCGGGUUUUCGAGUCUGCCAUCAGAAACCUCACCACGGCCAACGGCCUCCAAUGUCCCCCGCUUUCUGUCAAGGGCAUAAUGAACGCCAUGGAUUUCAUGGACCAAGGAUCCACCCUCAUGAUCUUCACCGACGCAUCGGUUAAAGAAGCCAAUCAAUGGGUCUCCAUGACGGCCGACGCGAGGAUGAGACGGAUUGAGAUAUCCGUCUUCAAGUUCGAUACUGGUUGCGAGGGUGGCGGCAAAAGCUGGUUCGGGAAACGGGAAGUCGAGCAGGCCGACACGGUAUACCGCGAGAUCUCUGCGGCGACUGGCGGUCAGUACCACGCGGGCACCUCGUGCGAUGCUUCCAAGGUCUCUGCGCACAUCAAGAACACCCUCUCGGCCAAUUCAGUCAGCAUUCUGCGUGUUGCAAGCUCGCUGACAGCAGGACCCGAGACUUUCAACGUCCCCGUUGACUCUUACACCACCAGCCUGAGCAUCACUCUCCUGGCUGCCGAGUUUAAUCUGACCGUGAGCCAGCCCGACGGUACUGCGCUGACCCCCGACUCGGCGGGAGUGACAUGGACCACGUUCUCCUCCAGCAUAACCAUCACCGUCGCCACGCCCACGCCCGGAACAUACCUGGUUGGCGUUGUUGGCGUUGGUUCGUACGCCUUGAGCUGCAACGGCGUCUCGGAGCUCCACCUCAACUCUUUCCAGUUCGCCAGUAUCGGCGGCCGCGCCAGCCAUACGGGAUGGUUCCCCCUGAGCGGACCUCCCCCACACAACCAGAAGAUCGGCGCCAUGGCCCAGAUGUCCGAAGAAGCCACGAGCGCGAAUUUCACCUUCCGCGCUCCGUCGUCCGCCCUUCUGGGCACGGCGUGUUUGGAAGCCGGAAAUGGCGAGGUGGGCUAUCCUGCCACCAACGAGUUCUUCGCGAUCCUCACGGUCCCGGACCAAAACUUCCUGGUCUAUGUCACGGGCAAGGACGACCAGGGAUUCCCGUACCAGCGCGUGUUCGGGGCCCCCGUCGCCCCCAUUCUGGCGACCCAGCCGUACCCUCUGUCCUGGAAGGAGGCUUCCAAACUGCGGGACAACGCGAACCGGCCUCACAAAGUGACGACGACGGCGAGCCGAUGGAGCAACGACACCACGCCGAGGACAGCCACGUCGCCCACCCACCCUUCCUCGACCGCGGCCAUGGAGGUCUACGCGCCCGUCCCCACGGAUGGGUACCCGCCGGCUGCUGGAGUUCCCUCUCCCGAAACGAUUCCUUCUCCCGUGGCACCUCCGCCUCACGCUCCUUACGCGGCGCCGUCGCUCACCGCGCCCCCCGCGGGAAACGCCACCUCGCCCAGGCCCGGCUCCCCGACCCACAGUCAGAUCUACGUGACGGCGUCGGGCAACCGGCAGUUCACCCCUCUCAUCAUCGGCCACGUGACGCUGGCUCUGGCUUCCGUCGGCUUGAUCCUCGCCCUGUAA